AUGUCAUGCAAAAAAAGACCAGAGGAAAAAAGGUACCGGAGCUCGGACGUCGACAGCACGUCCGACAUGAACCGAGGACCACGGGGCAAACAAAUUCAAAUGGGUGGCGCGCUAGAAGGCUGCAAGGAAGCGCUAGAAAUCUUUGAGCCGUGUGACUGGUUUUCGUCGUUUGGCUGCCAUCCGAUCACAAAGCAUCCACAACUACGGAAGACCGAAGGUGGGACGGAAGAUCGUGAAGCAGAAAAAAAAUAG